AUGGCUUCGCUGCGAUCUUGGUUCAGUAUACCCCGUGGUUCUCACUUCUCACUAGCCAAUAUUCCGUUCGGUGUCAUCUCGACUGCUUCGUCUAGUUCACCGCGGGUUGCAGUCGCCAUUGGAGAUCACGCUUUAGAUCUUGAAGUCUUUGCUGCAAACAAUGGCUUCUCAGGACUGUCUACGAUACAACCGCAUCAAGCUGUCUUCUCACAAUCGUCACUGAACGCUUUUGCAGCACUUGGUCGCCCAAUUCACUCCGUGGUUCGAAAGUACAUACAAACUGUCUUCUCUGUGGACACGACAUACCCGGAUGUUCUCAGGAACAAUUCUGCACUCCAGAAGCAAGCCCUAAUACCGCUCAAGGAAGUCAAAGCACAUCUGCCGUUCCAAAUCGGUGACUACACCGACUUCUUCGCGGGUAUGAACCAUGCCUACAACUGCGGCGUCAUCUUCAGAGGUCCUCAAAACGCGCUGCAACCAAACUACAAGCAUCUCCCAGUCGGUUACCACGGUCGAGCAUCCUCGGUGGUUCCAUCGGGAACUCCCAUUCGACGGCCCAACGGUCAGAUACUGCUCGACCCUACCGCGGAGAAGAAAGUGCCUACAUUUAGUCCAUGUAAGAAAUUGGAUAUUGAAUUAGAGCUGGGGGCUUUCGUCUGCGGCUCCAACGAGCAAGGAGUGCCAAUACCGAUUGAGAAAGCCGAAGAAAACCUCUUUGGCGUUGUGCUCAUGAACGACUGGUCAGCGAGGGACAUCCAAGCAUGGGAAUACGUACCUCUAGGUCCCUUCAACGCGAAGAACUUUGGAACCACAAUCAGCACUUGGGUCGUACUCGCAGAUGCACUAGAACCGUUCAAAACCAAGGGCUUGGACAACGACUCGGAAGUGCUGCCCUACUUGAAGGAGAAGAAUGAGAAGAGUGUGUACGAUAUCAACCUCGAAGUCGAUGUCAAGACAUCAUCUGGCAACAAAACAACAGUAUCGAAAGUGAAUGCACGAAAUCUGCUAUGGUCCUUCCCACAAAUGUUGACACAUCACACCAUCACAGGAUGCCCCUUCAGACCGGGUGACUUGCUGGGCUCUGGUACCAUCAGUGGCAAUUCUCCGGCUGAGUACGGAAGCUUUUUGGAACAGAGUAACAAUGGUAAAGAGACUAUCGCGCUAGAAGGUGGUGAGAAGAGGACAUUCUUGGAGGAUGGGGAUGAGAUUACUAUUCGAGGAUUGUGCGGUUCAGAUGAUGAAGCUUUGGUCGGCUUUGGAGAGUGUGUUGGUCGCAUCGAGCCUGCAUUGAAGUUGGGCUUUGCUUGA